AUUCACGUAUAUUUCUUGCAUAAAUUAAAAAAACAUUACAAUAAGACAUAUUAACCCAACAAACCGAGGUCUCCCAUCCAACUGAACAAGCUCAGGAAGCACAGGCGAAUAGUCAAUUUAACCCUUUGAGAUUAAUCCUCUUGCUAUUUAUAGUUCCUCGCCGCGAUAGAACACCAUCUUUUCAACUCUCUCGACACGUAUUAGGGUUUAUUUCGGUUAAGGGGAAAACGACGAGAAAGACCCAAAAAAACCCAUCGAUUUCGUAGUACAUACAAAAAUUAGACGCAAAUUGAUCCCAUUUGAGCUCUACAUCUUCCAAAUAAGGUGAUAAUGGUAUAUCCUCAUACAAGACACUGAUCAAUGGAUCCUGAAAGCAAGAAUUUUGGUAGAGGACCAAGGGAGCUCACUGGUGCAGUGGAUCUUAUAAGUUACUAUAAAUUGUUACCACAUUAUGAGUUCUUCUGCAAGAAGUCACUUCCUUUGUCAAUUUCAGAUACACAUUACCUUCAUGAUGUUAUUGGGGAUACAGAGAUUAGAAAAGGUGAAGGGAUGCAGUUGGAUCAACUCCUACAAUACAACAAUUCUUUUUCUAGAGAUACAAACACACGCAUACAACCAUUUGACCUUGACCUCCUCAGGGAAGCCUUUCAGCUCAAGGAGACUGCACCUGUUGACCUUCCAUCUUCUGAGAAGGGGAUGCCUACUAUACCUGGAAAAUCUAAGAGUGAGGUAAAGGAUAAAGAAAAGAAGCAUAAGAAACACAAGGAUAAAGAUAAAGAGCACAAGAAACAUAAACAUAGACAUAAAGAUCGGAGUAAAGAUAAAGACAAGGAUAAAAAGAAGGAUAAAAGUAGUCAUCAUGAUUCUGGUGCUGAACACUCAAAGAAACACCAUGACAAGAAAAGGAAGCAUGAUGGAAAUGAAGAUGUUAAUGACAUUCACAGGCAGAAGAAAAGUAAGCAUAAGAGCUCAAAGAUUGAUGAGAUAGGGGGAAUAAAGAUAGCAGCUUGAAAAUGGCAUGUGGUGUAUAGUGUUGUUUGUUCUCAUAUUGCAAAUGGAAGCUAAAGGAUUCCAUACAUACUGUAGUAAAAAAAUUAACUGAGGUAACAAAGAAUAGCCACAGGAUUAGUUAAAAGAUGUCCAAGAAGGUGAAUUCACCUUUUGCCAUUGAUUUAUUAUUCAAGGUAAAAAAAAAAAAAAAAAAAAAAGAUGGAAAACAAACUUCUUUGUAGUAUCCUUU